AGCCCUGCCAAAGGAAGGCAACAAGCUGCUAGCAGCCUCACAUCUUCCCAGAGCCCGUCUUGGGCUGCUGGCCCAUCUCCAGCCGACCGGGAAAAUGGCCCGGCCGUCACCUGGAAAACGUCCCUGGGCGGGCAGACCUGGCUCCCGCUGGGGGCUCCCACCGCUCCCUGCCCGUGGGUACCCGUGGACGAGGCCCUGCUCCCGGCCGCAGCACCCUCCCCCUGUGCCUGCUCCCAGCAGGACGACCCCCGCCCGACGCUCACCGCCGAAGACUCUCACUCACCUCACCACCGGCAACCACGCAUGCAGCCGGCCCCAGCUGAGGGAAAAGACCACCCCGCGGCCACGGACCCCAAAGCCAACGUGGCUGCCCGGCAGCGUCGGCCUACAGCUCCCAGCAUGCCUCGGGGCAGCCCGAGGCGGGGCACGGCGCACGCGAGUGCCGGAGCCGUCACGGAGGCCGCGGCGGCGGCGCUCUGCCGGCCUGGCCCCAGCGCUGGCACCGCUCCUGCGCCCGAUCCAGCAGUCAGGCCCUGGUGCCCGCGGCCGUGCUGCGACGCGUCUCCGUCACAGGGGCCGGGCGCGGUGCCCGCGGGUUGCAGCCCCGUUGCGCCGUCCCGCUCCUUCCCCUGUGCUGCAGCCGGGCCCCGCCCCGGGCCGGGAGCCACCUCUGAGGGGCCGCCUGGAGCGGGGUCGCUGGCGCCGGGGUACCGGGAGCACGCUGGGGCCCCGGGGGAACGCGGAGGGGUCGUGCGCGGGCACGGGGGUCGUCCUCGCGUGCGUGCGGUCGGGUGGAACACGAGAAUUUAGCGGCACCCAGCGGUCGCUGCAAAAGACAAUCUCCUACGUCCCUGUAUGUUCUCUGAUCCAAAACGGAAUGGCCGCUGUCCGCAAUGGAGCCUCCCAGAGUUUUUGCAGGAGGGACUCUUUAAAGGGGCUCAAUGACUUGGCUAUAAAGGUGACAGAAAGCCAUGGGAAGUUUGACCUUGGGCUGGCUGUUGCACGUGGAGUUUAUCAGUUUUGUUCUUUACAAUGCUGAUGACGGCUGCAGCGCUAUUAUCUUUGAUUCCUCAGGGAAUUCCUGCUUCUUCAACCCCAGCGAACAAGAAACUUCUUUUUGACUGCUGUUUUUACCCAUGUAACAUUCCCACAGCUGUGGUGCGCUUCUCAUACCAACUGCCCUGGUUGACCCAGUUCCACGGAGCCGCCGUCCCUACUCACCUCCAUGGCUGCAGCUACAGUCCUGGUCAUGUAGUCGGCAACACUCGGUGGUGGCUCUUGUUGGCAUGAUCACUACCGCCACUCUAUCCACACCUUCGUUAUUGACUUUCUCAUGCAAGGUUUGAUGCGCAGUGGCUGCUGGAAGAAAGAAAAAAAAAACCUCCAAAAAUGUCCUGGACAUUAACAGAAGCGUAGGGAGGACAAGAGAAGAAGCUAGUGUUUUACAUGUCUAGAAAACCUUGGUGAGUCCUGAUCUUCAGCACUACACACGGUUACUUUUUUUUUUUCACUUCAUGAAAAACAAGGUGAGAAUAUUUAAAGAGGCUUCAGUUUCUAACAUCCAUAAUACUGGAGAGGGGUGUGAGGGGAACAGACUGCGGAAAGCGUUCCUCCUAAAUAGCACCUCAUAUUGCCACUGUCAAGGGCAGAAAACUGUUCUAGACUUAUGACAGUCGCUCCAACCUCCUAGCAUGCUUUGUAUGAUCUCAGCACAUGUGGUACAGAGAAGAAUGGAACAGAAGAGUGAUUGUUUUAAUUGCUUUGACAGCUUCCAUCUUCUAGACUGUGCUGCUAAAUGAUUACCUUUUUAGGACAGUAAGACCCCUUUAUUGAAACAAUAAACACUAAUACCAAUGAUUGAAAACUUGAAAUGAUUAGGAAUGCCAAAAUGUUGGGGUUAUUCAGCCUGGAGAAGACAAGGCCCCGAAGAGAACUUAUUGCAGCCUUCCAAUGCUUAAAGGGAGCCUUCAAGAAAGAUUGUUCGGGGGCUCUCUAUCAGGGAGCGUAGCUAUAAGACAAGGGGUAAUCACUUUAAACUAAAAGAUGGCAGAUUUAGCUUAGAUAUUAGGAAGAAAGUCUUUACUAAGGGUGGUGUGGCACUGCAACAGGUUGCCCAGAGAAGUUGUGGAUGCCCCAUACCCACAGGUGUUCAAGGCCAGGUUGGAUGGAGCUUUGAGCAACCUGGUCUAGCGGAAGGU